CUCAUACACAAAAACACGCACACACACACACGCCGGCUCGGUGAGCAUGUGUAACCAUCCGGAGAGAACUAAAUAUAAAAAUAAAUAGGGGUAUCACAGAAAGCUAGCAAAAACCCAGCACACUCCUCUCUGUUUUUGUCUCUUUUAAAAUGUCUCUCUCUGCCAUCACCUCCUCCUUUCUUCUCCGCCACUCAUUCUCCUCACUUAGCAGGAGUGCUAGGGUGCGUUCGGGCCGGCGUGUGUGUGCAUAUGGGUCGGCAGUACCUGGGGUCCGCUGGUAUGCUGCUGCUCGUUUGGAUGUUGAUGGAAGUGGCCAGCCAGCUACUUGGGACUCAUUUGGGAUUUGGGACAACCGUAUUGAGGCACCAAUCCUAUUGCCGCCCAGCAUCCUUUAUGGUAAACCGAUCCCACGCAUAAGCCUAGACCACGUGGGUUCGGCCUCACAGAUUGGCCGUCGUCACAACAACGAGGAUCGGCUCCGUGUGGCUGAGCUCACACCCUCUACACUCUACUUUGCCCUGUUUGACGGACAUGGGGGCGCACAAGCGGCUGACUUCUGCUACACACACAUGGAAGACUACAUUAGGAAGGGUCUGGAGAAAGAGUGUGAUCUCGAACAGGUGUUAACAAAAGCCUUCCUACAGGUCGAUGCUGCCUUGGCCUCUGAGGUGCAGAUGCACGGCAAUGCCUCUCUGAUGACGGUGGGCACUACAGCGACGGUGGCUUUGUUAAGAGAUGGGAUAGAGCUGGUCGUCGGGAGUGUCGGAGACAGUCGUGCCAUGCUGUGCAGGAAGGGUGAAGCAUACACACUCACCAGUGACCAUACAGCAGAGAGAACGGAUGAAAAACAGAGAAUACUUAAGAGUGGAGGUUUCAUAACAUGGAACAGUGUCAGUCAAGCCAAUGUGAACAGCCGUCUGGCAAUGACACGCAGCAUCGGAGAUUUUGAUUUAAAGCAAUGUGGUGUUAUUGCAGAGCCGGAGACCACUCACGUUAUGUUACAGCAUUCUCACGACUCAUUUCUAGCCCUGACCACCGACGGCAUAAACUUCAUCAUGAGCGACCAGGAAAUCUGUGAUGUCAUCAACCAGUGCCACGAUCCUACAGAGGCGGCCCAAAUCAUCGCCGAGCUGGCUCUGCAGUACGGCUCUGACGACAACAGCACAGUCAUCGUGGUUCCAUUCGGAUCAUGGGGAAAGCAGCAGAAUUCCCACCACAGCUACUCCAUGAGCCGAAAUCUUGCCUGCAGUGGACGCUGGGCCUGAAUAGACAACCUUUAAAGCUGUAUUCCACUUACAUGUGUUAUAUAACACAGCAUAGCUUUAAUGCUACAUAUCAAAAUAUUUUUCAUAAAAUAUUUUAUAGCAGAUGAUAAUUGACCUCUAUUGUGUCCAAGUACUUGAGUAUAUUCGAGUAUCAUAUUUUUGUACCCAGUGAUAUUUUCCCUUUGUAUACACACUGACAGGUGAAGUGAAUAACAUGGCUUAUCUCAUUACUCUUGACACCUAUUCAGACCCAGCCAUCACAAUCUGGCCCUUAUCAAAGUCCCUCAGAUCCUUAUGCUUGCCAAUUUUUUCUGCUUCCAACACAUCCAGUUCGAGAACUGACUGUUCUCUUCUUGCCUAAUACAGUACAUCUCACCCCUUGGCAGGUGCCACUGUAAUGAGAUAAUCGCAUGUUAUUCAUUUCAUCUGUCAGUGAUUUUAAUGCUGACAGAUUGGUGUAUUUUGCUGAUUGGUGUAUUUUUGGAAAAAUUUGCCACAUUAGCAAUUUGAAUAGUAUUUUUGUGACACUUUUUUAAAAUAAGUGGCCUUCUUGCAGGGAGUAAAUCUUUUGAAUCGUGAGAUGUCCACAGACCCAGUAGAGUCCUUAUCCAAAUAAAUGAGAAAAUAUUAAAAUAUCAGUAUGCUAAUAUAACAA